AUGUCGCCGUUGGAAGAUUUUCUGAGCGAUGGACGGAAAAUCGCACUGCGGCUUCUGAAAAAGGCGAAAGUUCUUCAAAAAGAACAUCAGUCGAUUAUCGGCAUUGUAGAUAUUAUCAAGGACGCCGAAAGUCUCGUGGGAAUUUUUCAAUUUUUUAUCUUCAGCUUGAAAUUUUAUCUGAAGUUUCUAUCAUCGAUUGGAGGACUUGCAGAUUGACAUAAUUGAAAAAGCCGACUUGAAACGGCCGAGAACUUUAUUGCAAGUGGAGAAGUUAUCGGAUACUUUGAAGGAUCAGCAUAUCAGCUUAUCUCCAUCUUCUUUGGGUAAUUCCUCGGGCAAAACUGAAAAGCUCCCCAAAAGCUUUUCUCAAAAAAAGACCUUGAAAGGGUCCCCAGCAGAUCUUUUUUACAUCAUUUCAAUUCUUUUUUGCGUGUUUUUCACAUCCUCUGACAAAAAGGAUGCUGGAAAGCAACUAAAAAGAUCCGAGAGGGUUCAAAAAGGAUCCUCUGAGGCUAUGAAAAAGGUGCUUAAAAGCUUUUUUAUAUCAUUUUAGGAGCUUUUAGAGGAAGCUUUUUAUCUCCCUCUCAGGAUCCUUUGAGGAUCCUCAAAGGAACUUUUCAGUUUUACCUAUGUCAUUGGCUUUUUUGACUUCUUUUCAAUUUUUUUGCUCCAAAAAGUUGACGGGUUGCUGGAAAGAGAUGAGGAGAGUCCUUGGAGAAUACUUAUAUAUGAAGGUUUCUAGCUAUUAAAAAAAGAAAAACUGUAGUGCGUCACGAUUGUGGCUUUCCUCCGAGCCACGGAACCCUUCCACGAAGCUUCCAUUCGAUGUGCGCGGCCUGUCUCUUUACGUGCGACUUUAAUUUUGCUUUCGUUAUAUUAAAGGCGCAUGCGCACAACAAGCCGUGCCUGUCGAAGAAAAGGGUUCUGUAGCUCGGAGGAAAACAAGACUCGUGAAAAACUGGGGCGGAACGAGCUUCACCGUUCGAAUAUAUUUUUGUGCUUUCCAAGAUAAAAGUUCUUGUUUUAGGGUGAGUCAAACCAGAAAUUUCAAAACAUUUCUCAUCGACUUUCAAAAAUCAAAGCGAUAUCUGGGAGCGAUUUGAAAAUUGUUGUCAUUUCGAAUUCGACUAGGAAACUGCACUUUUUUGCAUCAAGCUAUUUUUCGUGGUAUUUCGCAAAAGAAAAUUUUUCUCUAGAGGUAAACGAGAAGAACUGGUUGAAAGUGGAAAAAUGACAGCUCGAAGUUUUUUUCGAGGUUAUUUUUUUAGAAUCUAACCCCAGAGGGAAAAUUCAGAAAAACUAGGAGUAGGACGACAGUAUCUUUGAAAAGUCGGAAAAAGUGCAAAAUGUUUGUUCCUAGCUUUUUUCUGAUCUUUUUGAUGAAAGAAUCCGUUUUGGAUUUCAUAUUUCUUACUGAAAACGUUGUCAGCAAAAGAUCCCUUUCAAUGCCCUCUUUUCGAAAUUCUUUCGAGCUCCUCUUGGACUUUAUCUGAGUGGAAAUCCUUUCAAGUUAGCUCUUUGUGUAAUAUUAAUUUGUAGGAAUCUCUUCGCCAGAACCGUCCCCCUCCCCGAAAACUCCUUCGCCGACGCCAGAAGUGGCGAGGAAGUGGGAACAGCGGUCGGUGUUGGCCUUGCCGGAUACCUCCCUAUACUUCAAUGUUCUGAAAGAAAACUUUGCCAAGGAUCUGAAAUGCGAACCGGAGAUGUGGUACCACGACGCCGACCGACGUCAGGCCCAAAAAAUCUCCAACCAACGCGAUCUGGACGCCGCUGUUGUCAGUUUUCUUUCUUUAUUUUAUCUCUAAAGUUUCAAGUUUUUAUGAAGCCCAUUUCGGGCAGGUGAUCAUUCGAAUUCCCACUUUUUCGAGUUCUUAUUUUCAUGUGAUUCUUUUUGGUUUUCACUGUUGUAGCCAUUGCGCGCCAGUUUGUCAAAACUUUUGCUUCCUCCGUGCUAAAAAAAAAUCAAGUCCCCUCCAGAAACCGCAGACGUAAUAAGCUACUUUUGGAAAUCUGCCAUAUCGUCUUUCAAGCCUGGAAAAAACGACUCUAACCGGUUUACGGCUGGUUUGAGCCGUCGAAAAAAGGUCUUGACACGAUAAAACGGAAAAAUGACAUCUGGUUGAUAAAGAACACAGACAGUGAAACGUUCUUUUGCUUCCGAAAACAGCCAUGAGCAGAAUUUUCACAGGACGCCGUUCGACGACGAGGUCAGCCCGUUCUGCAGCUGAACAUCACGGCCGAGGUCGUUCAGCCGGACGUUCGCGUUCCGACGGACGUGGCCUACGUCGUGCCGAAGGUGAGCAGCGAACCCCUAAAGUGGUCACUGAAAGGGUCUGAGUCUUGCUCUUUCUCAUACACAGAUGGGAGGAUAUAGUCUGUCAGACUUUGAGUCAAAUCGUCACUCAAGCUCCGCCUCUAAUCGGGCGAUUAACUAAUCAGAGAGCUUCCGAAUAACUUAAUUGUAAAAAUUGUUAUUAAAAAUCUAAACAGACUAUAGACAAUGUUUCCGAAUAACUUAAUUGUAAAAAAAUUGUUAUUAAAAAAAUCUAAACAGACUAUAGACAAAUGUUCCUCACGUCUUUUGGACAAAUCUGUGCCAAUUAGCGAACAAUUGAGAGGUGUGAGCGCUUUUUUAGUGCUCACGUAUAGUUCCUUUUCUUCGAUUCGAAAGGCGAGAUAGGUUGAUUGGCAACGGCUUUUUGGUGGGAAACUCGAGGUCGAAAAAAAUGGUGCCCAAAAUUCAGAAAUGACUAAUAGAAGGAAAUAUCUAAUUUUGAGAGUGGUGGAAUCGGCGAAACGUUGCCAUCAACUCAGGACAAGUAAAAAUGAACUAGUUUUCCGAAAAUUAGACGAAUCUUUCAUUGGAAUACUAAACGAUAUGAGACUCCAAAUUUUCAUGCGUUCCGAAUAAAAUUUUCUUUCUGUUGUCAGUGUUUCGUUUCGCAGACGAUGAAGUAUCUCCGGCCUUCAAAAGCGCGUUCGGCGGACUCGUCACGUUUCAGCGACAUCACGAUGAGUGCGAUAGAUUCCUACAAGACGAGAGAGUCUGAAAAACUUCCCAUACCUUUUCAUUUUCAAUUUCAAGUCUUCAGAAUCAUUUCCACGGGCACGUAUUCAACGGUGAAGCUGGCUUUCUCAAGAGAAGGCCGGUCUUUCGUCGUCAAGACGGUUCAGAAGCAGGGCGCCAGUUGUCCUACAGAGUCGGAUAUUGAGUUUUUGAGUAAGUCUUUUUUUUAAUUUCUGGUUUGGCUUGUUAGUGUUUUGAAACUCUCAUUCUGAUGAGGGCAGCCCAGCCGAACUUUUGGUAGAACUUUUGACAAUUUUCACUCUAGCACCUCAUUUUUCUUGCACCCGUUGUUUCCACAUUCGAGCACAACUGAGCCUCAAAUAGUUCAACAAAACGCGGGCUUAAUACGGGUACACCCGUUGAGAAACCUGGCCAUCAGGAGAUUUCGCAAAACCUUAUAAUCACCUAGAAGUCUAGCUUUAUUUCGAAAUUUCGGAAUUUUCGGGCUGGCUCCAUUUUUUCCGAGAUGCUCCUAAAGUCUUACCGUGUUCGUUCAAAAGGUUUGAGGAAAGGUCCAUGGAAACUUAGUUUAUCUUAUAUAAAUGAUUCUCCAAGGACAUGUUUCAGGAAAACUGAAGCACCCGAACAUCACGCGCUACUACGCGGUCUACGACGAUCCGGAAGGUCAGCCUUUGAUACACAUUCUCAUGGAAUUCAUGCCGGACAACCUCGACAACUGCAUCAAAAAAGAGAGGCCUCUCAGCCUGGACCGCGUCAUCAGCUACACUUUGCAGGUCCUUCAAUGCAUGAAACUUUACGCUCCGUAAAUGCUACGUAAAAGCGUUAAUCAGUUUCCGCGAUAGGAAAUCUUCUUAUAUAUUCUCAAAUUGGAAGAUCGUGAACCGAAAAAUCUAUCAUUUUUUUCUCAGAUUGCGGACGGAUUGAAGUUUCUACACUCCGAAAACAUUAUUCACCACGACCUGAAGCCCUUGAACAUCCUGGUACGAGGUGAUCUCGACUCUCGUGUUGUAAAAAUUGCCGAUUUCGGGUCGAUUGUAAGUCUUUUUCAAUGGUCUGACUUCGAAAACCGGCCCAAUUAUCAGGGCGGACGCCAUGGGACGACGCCGCUCUACACGGCGCCAGAAGUCGUCGACGGCAACGUCUCCGACGCGAGGUCCGACGUCUGGAGCUUCGGAGUGAUCGUCAUCGAAAUGUCCACAGGAAAAUACCCCUGGGACGUCAGCAAACAGACCAAGGAGCAGAUUCCUAUACUCCAUCGAACUGUGAAGCCGCAUAUGACUGUGGGUGGCUUUCUAACAACAAAGAAAGAUCAGACACUGUUGGAAUCAUCUCGCAAACUUCUUUUAACGCCAAGACUUUACUUCAGAUUUCCUUGACCUUAACUGAGCAAAAAUGUUCCUAGGUUUCAUCUUUUUCAAAAUUUCUUUGUUAUUCAACUCCGGAUGCAUUAAUAAGCUCUCAAGAUCAUUUUUGUUUCUCAAACACUGCUGGAGUCUCCCCGAGGCUGAUUUUUGCGGAGAAAACGUAAUGGAAACAGAAAAUGAGUGGGUCCGCGGAGGACCGAUGAAAGGUAAGCGGGAAGUGAGCGAAAUCUGUAAACUCAUACACUGGCGGUACACUCUUCACCAAAAAAAAAAAAUACAGUCCGCGGGUGUCGAUGUCGGACGCCCCUAUUCUCACCGAUUCCUUCCUAUUGAAUCUCGAAUUUUCGGUUUUCUCACCGAUCUUCUAUUGUUUACUUCCCAUCGGCUCUCCGCGGACACUUCGAGUUCGCCUUUCCUGAUCGUUUAGCAGAUUUCACUUUUAAAUAUGAUAUUAUUCUCGUCGAAAAAUUCGAGAAGCUUGAGACAUUAUAGUUGAAAUUUCAUCUAAUCAUCCUUUCUAGAAUAUGCCAAGUUUACUCGUCGAGUUGGUCGAUGAAAUGUUGGCGCCGUUGGAUUUCCGGCACACGGCUGAAGACGUUCUCAACUACCUCGAUACGGCCACAGAAGAUUAUUAG